UGCUUUACGUCCGCAUGGCAACCGCGCGAGCCGUGUACUUGAUGAAACAGGCAAGGCAGAUUGGAGCGGAGCUUUCUGGAAAUAACAGAUCUUCACCAACGCCCUGCUUCUCGGAGCGACGUCUCAAACACGGCAGAGGGGACUGAUGYGGUUUUCAUGCGGCGUGUCGACGGCUCGGGCUGACAGCAGACCAUGUGACUUUGGAGCAGCAGGACCUUUGACCAGGCAGUGACAUCACACGUCUUUGAGCUGCCACCACACAUCUGCAACCAUGACGGUAGAAGAGACCAUCAACCUCAAGGAGGCGGAGGUGAUCAAGCUGAUCCUGGACUUCCUGAGCUCCAGGAGGCUUCACAUCAGUAUGCUGGCUCUGGAGAAGGAGAGCGGGGUCAUCAACGGACUCUACUCUGACGACAUGCUCUUCCUCAGGCAGCUCAUYCUAGACGGCCAGUGGGAGGAGGUGAUGCAGUUUAUUCAGCCUUUAGAAGGAAUGGACAAGUUUGACAAGAAAAGGUUUCGUUACAUCAUUCUGAAGCAGAAGUUCCUAGAGGCUUUGUGUGUGAAUAAUGCCAUGUCAUCUACGGAGGAUCCUCGUAAUCUGGAGCUAACCAUGCAGGAGGCAGUCAAGUGCCUCCACUGUCUGGACGAAUUCUGCCCCACCAAAGACGACUACAGCAAGCUGUGUCUCCUCCUCACCCUGCCCCGCCUCACCGACCAUGCCGAGUUCAAGGACUGGAACCCGAGCACGGCUCGCGUCCACUGCUUCGAGGAGGCGUGCGCGAUGGUAGCAGAGUUCAUCCCCGCAGACAGGAAGCUGAGCGAGGCGGGCUUCCGAGCCAGCGGGAACCGCCUCUUCCAGCUGCUCAUCAAGGGAAUCCUGUACGAGUGCUGUGUGGAGUUCUGUCAGAGUAAAGCGACAGGUGAAGAGAUCCGAGAGGGUGAGGUGUUGCUCGGCGUGGAUUUGCUUUGCGGGAACGGCUGCGACGAGCUGGAUUUGUCAUUGCUCUCCUGGCUGCAGAACCUCACUUCGAGCGCCUUCACUUGUGCCUUUGAGCAGCAGACCCUCAACAUCCACGUGGACCGCCUGGUGAAACCCAACAAGGCCGGACACGCAGACCUCCUGACUCCGUUAAUUAACCGCUUGUCCCCGUGUGCGACCUCUCCCUUCCGCCAGCGACCUCAUUCGGCCGACACCUACAUGUCCAGGUCCCUCAACCCAGCUCUGGACGGCCUGUCCCACGGACUGGCGGCUCAGGAUAAGAGGGGCAUGGAAGCCGACAUGAAAUCUGCUCUCAGCCGCAGUUUAGUGGAGAAUAACGUGCAUCAGCAAGACGAUUCACCUGAGAGGAAGCACCCACAGAAAGUGGUGGAUGGACCCAACAUGCAGCGCACCCCUCUGACUCCUGGGAAAGACGGUGAACCACCCUGCAGCUCAGAAACACAAGAGCGCCGUGACUCCACGGAGCACAUCCAGGAGUAUUACAGGCAGCGCCUCCGCGUGCAGCAGCAUUUGGAGCAAAAGCAGCAGCAGAAGCAGCUUUAUCAGCAGAUGCUGCUGGAGGGAGGCGUCAAGCCGCAGGAUGGAGCCCAACACAACCUCACCGAGACGUUCCUCAGCAGAUCCAUUCAGAAGUUGGAGGAGAUGAACGUCGGCAUUGAUCCCAAAGGAGAUGAAGUGAUGUCCCAUCUGGGCCAGCAAUGGAACGGACAAACCGCUGACAGCAGCGCUUCAAACUCCAGGACCAGUAAUGACCUCCUCGACCCUGAAAAGGGACCACUGAGGGAUAAAGCAGGUGAGGUGAGCUGCAGCUCCGGGAACCACAGCGUGUCUUCAGCCARCGAGCCAGCAGUUUCUAAAAGUCGAAGUGCUGAAAAACUCCGAACCUCUGCUACCACAGUUCAAGAUGAUUGUGGUUCUUCUACAGCACGAAACACGCACGAGUCAGGAAAGUCCAAAGCACAGUUUGUGAGGGUGAAUCAGCUGGAGGACACACAGGCGGUGCGUGCGGUGGCUUUUCAUCCCUCUGGAGCUCUGUAUGCUGUCGGCUCCAACUCCAAAACACUGAGAGUUUGUUCCUACCCAGAAACCCUUAGCUCCAGUGGUUCUGGCGCUGUCAAGCAGCCGGCGGUGCGUUUCAGACGGAACAAACAUCACAAGGGUUCGAUUUACUGUGUGGCGUGGAGCCACUGUGGACAGCUGUUGGCUACUGGCUCCAACGAUAAAUACGUCAAGGUGUUGCCUUUCAAUGCAGACACCUGCAAUGCCACAGGCCCAGACCUAGAGUUYAGCAUGCACGAUGGCACCAUCAGGGACCUGGCCUUCAUGGAGGGCCCGGAGAGCGGAGGAUCCAUCCUGAUCAGCGCCGGAGCAGGAGACUGCAACAUAUACACCACCGACUGUCAGAGGGGACAAGGCCUUCACGCCCUGAGUGGACACACAGGUCACAUCCUGACUCUGUACACRUGGGGAGGCUGGAUGAUUGCCUCGGGCUCACAGGACAAAACGGUCCGCUUCUGGGACCUGCGGGUGCCCAGCUGUGUCCGGGUGGUGGGCACGACUCUCCACGGGUCUGGAAGUGCGGUUGCGUCGGUGGCUGUGGACCCCAGCGGCCGCCUGCUGGCCACCGGACAGGAGGACAGCACCUGCAUGUUGUAUGACAUCAGAGGAGGACGCAUCGUCCAGACGUGUCGCCCCCACAGCAGCGACAUCCGCUCCGUGCGCUUCUCUCCCGGAGCCCAUCAUCUCCUCACYGGCUCCUACGACAACAAAAUCAUCAUCAGCGACCUUCAAGGUGACCUGACGAAGCCCCUCCCUCAGACACUGGCGGGGGAGCACUGGGACAAGGUGAUCCAGUGCAGGUGGCACCCACACGACCAAACCUUCGUCUCCUCGUCGGCCGACCGAACUGUCGUCCUCUGGGCUGCGAGCCCCUGAAGGUCGACAAGAAAAUAAAUAAAUAAAUAAAUAAAAAAAGGCAACUAGCAAGAGCGGCAGUGAGCACCAGAGCACAGUGCCACCUUCAACACAGCGUAGGAUCACAAGCUGCCCCUGGAACGUGUGUGUGUGUGUGUGUGUGUGUGUGUGUGUGUGUGUGUGUG